AUGCGAAGGCUGCGGCUCCGCCCGGCCCGGUGCAGCGGCUGACGGAGGAGGAGGACAAGGGGGCAGCGCUGGCGGCGCUCCCCACGCGUGGGCACGUGUGCCAGGGCUCACCGCAGCCCCCCCUGGGGACGCAGGAUCCUGUGGAAAGGCAGAGGGGACGCGCUGCCCACCCCGCCUGGACGAGCCGUGCCCGCCCCGUGCCCGCCCAGCCCCCAGCCCUGCCCGACGCCCGUGCCCUCCCCGGAGACCCCCCCAGCUGCUGCCAGGCCGGCCCACGGGACGAAGGCGGUGGCCAAGGGAGCCACCAUCCCCGUGGGGCUGAACUUUGUGAAGAUCCACUGCCAGAACGAAGCUGUCUACCAGUACCACGUGACCUUCAGCCCCGAGGUGGAGUGCAAGGCUGCCCGCUUUGCCAUGCUGAAGGAGCAGCACGCCGUGACCGGGGACGUGAUGGCCUUUGACGGCUCCAUCCUCUUCCUGCCCAUCCAGAUCCCCAAGGUCAGCCUGAAGGCUCAGAGGAGCAGCGACAGGGAGGAGAUCUUCAUCAACAUCCAGAUGACCAAAAUUCUGGAGCCCAGCUCGGAUCUCUGCAUCCCCUUUUACAACGUGGUGUUCCGCAGGGUGAUGAAAAUCUUAAACAUGAGCCUGGUUGGGAGGCAUUUCUUUGAGCCUGCCCAGGCCACCACCCUACAGAAAUACAGCCUCCACAUCUGGCCGGGAUACGCCGUCAGCAUCCGGAGGAAGGACGGGGGGCUCUUCCUCAUGGUGGACGCCAUCCACAAGAUCAUCCGCAGCGAGUCCGUGCUGAGCGUGAUGCAAACCAUCCACUCCCAGAGCCAGAGGAUGUUCCAGGACGAGUGCACCAAGCAGCUGGUGGGGAGCGUGGUCAUGACUCGCUACAACAACCGCACCUACCGCGUGGAUGACAUCGACUGGGACAAGACCCCCAAGGACACUUUCACCCUGGCCAGCGGGCAGGAGAUCACCUUUGUGGAGUACUACAGCAAGACCCACGGGAUCACCAUCAGGGAACUGGACCAGCCCCUGCUCGUCCACAAGCCAAAGGAGAAGCAGACACCAGAGGGGAUGCGCCAGCUGAAGAUGGUGCUGCUCGUGCCAGAGCUCACCUUCCUCACCGGCCUCUCCGACCUCCGCAAGAACAGUCGCAUGCUGAAGGAGGUGAUGUGGGAGAUGAUCCAGAGUCCCCAGCAGCACUACCAGCGCCUCACCGGCCUCCUGCGCCGCAUCCGCGACACCCCGGAGGCUUCCCAGGAGCUGCAGCGCUGGGGGCUGGUCCUGGCCACUGAUAUCUACAGGACCCAGGGUCACAUCCUGCCCGUGGAGCGCAUCAACCUCCGGCACCGCUCCUUCCUUCCCGCCGAGGAGCUGGGCUGGCACCGCGAGGUGACGAAGGAGGUGCCCAUCGCCGUGAUCUCCAUCAAUUCCUGGCUCCUGAUCUAUCCCAAGAGGCUGCAGCACCUGGCCAAGGACCUGCUGGCAUCCAUGAGGAGCAGCUGUGGGGCCAUGGGGAUGCAGGUGGGACAGCCCUCGGUGCAGGAGCUGCGGGAUGAUCGCAUCGAGACCUACGUGAGGGCCAUCCAGAGCUCCCUGGGGAGCCAGGACAAGGUGCAGCUGCUCCUGUGCAUCAUCCCUGGUGGCCGGGACGACGUCUAUGGGGCCAUCAAGAAGCUUUGCUGUGUGCAGAGCCCUGUGCCCUCCCAGGUCAUCAAUGCCCAGUCCCUCGUGGGCCAUCCUGGCAAGAUCAGGAGCGUGGUGCAGAAAGUUCUGCUGCAGAUCAACUGCAAGCUGGGCGGGCAGCUCUGGGGGGUUGAUAUCCCUCUGAAGCAGCUGAUGGUCGUGGGCAUGGACAUCCACCACAGCAGGAGCCAGGGCAUGCGCUCUGUCAUCGGCUUUGUGGCCAGCAUGAACCACAUCCUCACCAAGUGGUACUCCAGGGUGGUUUUCCAGAUGCCCCACCAGGAAAUCGCCGACAGCCUCCGGCUCUGCCUCUCCCAAGCCCUCAAGCGCUUCUAUGAGCUGAACCAUUCCCUGCCCAUGAAGAUCGUGGUGUACCGGGAUGGGGUCUCUGACCCCCAGCUGGACACGGUGCUCAAGUACGAGGUGCCCCAGCUCCAGAAGAGCUUCCACACCUUCCAAAAUUACCAGCCCAGCCUCGUGGUCAUGGUGGUACAGAAGCAGCUGAGCACCAACUUCUACUGCCUGGCAGGAGAGGAGUUUGUGUCCCCUCCCCUGGGCACCGUCAUCGACCACGGUGUCACCAGCUCGGGCAGGGAGGAUUUCUUCCUGCUGGCCCAUCACUCCCGGCAGGGCUGCAGCAUUCCCACGCGCUACAUCUGCAUGUGGAACACGGCCAACCUCAGCUCCGAGCACCUCCAGAGGUUGACCUUCAAGCUGUGUCACCUGUACUGGAACUGGCCGGGCACCGUCCGUGUGCCUGCCCCCUGCAAGUACGCCCACAAGUUGGCAUUCCUGGUGGGGCAGGUCCUGCACCACGAGCCCAGCGCCCACCUCUGCGAGCAGCUCUUCUUCCUUUAA